AUGCAGCAAGUGCGUUCAAAUCGAGAUUCAUCACAUGAAUCAACUAAUCGUGGAGCAGGACCACUCAUUGCUGUUCGUACUGAUCUAUCAACAUUAUUAAACGACUAUACUAGUUCACAAAAAAAUCAAAAUGAUCGACUUGAAUCUCUUGAACGUGAAAUUGCUUCACUUAAAGGUUCAGUCAAACAAGCUUUUGUACCACCAUCAAAUGAACAUGAAGUAAAUCGAGCAGGAACAACUAAGAAAUCAUCAACAUUACAUCCUAUAUCAAAUCGAAGUAUGAGUGCUCCUCGUAUUCCAUCAACAAUGAGUGGUCGGAAAGUAUCGAAUGAUGAACAACCAUCACCACCAAUAGUUUCUACCAAUGAUGGACCUUUUUCACGUCCAUUACCUUUAGCACCUGUUAAUCGUAGUCGAAGUUUUAAUGAUAAUACAUUACAUCCACCAUCAUCUCCAUUAACAAAUAAUACUUUUGAUGAAACUAAUCUUCUUCGAUCGCAUAAAGCGCAUCUUGAACAAGUACUUCGUAAAGAUGCACCACCAUUUUCUGAUGUUAGAAUACCAAAUUAUAUAUCUAUAGAAGAUGUCUUAAAAUCAAAUGAACAAUUAUUAUUAGAAAAUGAUCGUCUCCGAUCGGAACUCAAUCGAUUACGAACUGAAAGUAUUUUAUUACUUCGAUCAAUGAGAUCACCAGCAGGAAAUGAACCAAAUUUAGGCAAUGAACGGAUCAGUGCUGAACGUGAACGUCAAGAAUUAGCUAUUGAAUUAGCACGACAAGUUGAAGAAAAUAAACGACUUCGGCGAUCAUUAUUAUCUCAAUCAGCAAAAUUUGUAACAUUACGUCAAUUGACAAAUCCGUCUGAAGCUUCUUUACAAACAUUUGAUGAUCAUCAUAAUGUUCCUAAAUCUGCACCACAUCCAACAUUAAGUUUUAAUAAAUCUCAACAACAACAACAACAACAACACCAACAACAAUCAAAAUCAACUCGUUUAGUUUUAGCUAAUCGAGAAAGUGGCAAAUUUUUUGAUAAUCCAAGUCGAAAUAGUUUUGGUAAAUGUCAAGUUAGCUCCACUUUUGUUGGUUUUGAUAACUUCUCCGAUAAUAAACCACAUGCUGAAGAUUCAUAUUCAUAA